AUGAGCGAAAAUGACGAAGAUGCCAAAAGGAGGUUCAUUGAAGAAUUUCUGUCCAAGGCGAAUACUAGGAUAAAGUCCCUUGAGGCUUCUAAAGACAAAAAAGCGCAAGAGCUAGAGGAUGAGCUGAACAAGAGGCUCCUAGGAAUUCCUCGCAGGUUAUGGGAUGAGAAACUGAGAGAUGUUUUGGAGCUUGAGCGUGCGAAAGGCAUCGAAGGAAAGACAUUCUUUCAAGACUUCGAGUUAUUCAAACAGCAAAACAAGACAGACUCCCCUGAUGAUUAA